AUGACUGUAUAUGAUCGUGAAGCUUUGCUAAGAACUGUAUCUACUUUUCCUUUAAUUGACAAUCAUUGUCAUAAUCUUUUAACGUCUGAUGCAUCGGUGGCUUGUCCAUUGGAAAUAUGUUUCUCGGAAGCUUGUGGUGAAGCGUUAAAUGAUGCUCGUCAAACUAGCGCUUUUAAACGAGGUAUACGUCAACUUGCUGAACUUUAUGGUUGUCCUUCAACCUUAGAUAAUAUUAAAGAAGUCCAGGAUUUAAUGUCAUAUAAUAAAAUAUGUGAAACCUGCUUCAAACCUACUGGCAUCCAAUCAUUACUUUUGGAUGAUGGGCUUGAUCCAUUAGGUGGUCUUAUGGAUGUACAAAGUCACGUAGGGUUGGUUGACGAUGCACGAAGAAUCGUGAGAAUUGAAAGUAUUGCUGAAAAAAUCUUAAAUGAUUUGGCUACAUCUGUAGUACGUAAAGAACAAAAAGUAUUAAAUUUUGCUGCUUUCGAAGAACCAUUGAAAAAGCAAUUAGAAGCCUGUGCAAAAUCUGAGUCUGUUGUAGGCUUUAAAAGCAUUGCUGCUUAUAGAUCCGGAUUGGAUAUCAAUUGUGUUCAAAAUGCUGAAUUUGCUGCUGUUGCUUUGGGAAACUUUGUUUCGGAUUUUGAGUCUUUAUCUGAUAAUCAAGGUAAAUAUAUCUCUCUUAACAAUCUAGGAUUUGGUGAUUCUGACCUUGAUUUAAUAUCAUCCAAUCCACUUUUACUACGACCUUUAAUUGAGAAAUAUCCCAAUACAAAAUUCGUUCUUUUGCACGCUUCAUAUCCUUAUUCUCGUCAGGCGGGAUAUCUUGCUUCUGUAUAUUCUAACGUGUAUGUUGAUACGGGUCUUAUUUUUCCUAUGGUCUCUUCAUCCGGUCAGUUGGCCAGUUUACGCGAGCUGUUGGAGAUUUGUCCCAGUAACAAAAUAUUAUUUAGUACAGAUGGUCACUACCAUCCAGAAUCUUUCUAUGUCGCCACAAUUCAAGGAAGAGAGGCUUUAGGCAAGGUUUUAAUAGAAUCUGUAGAAAAUGAAGAGUUUUCAUAUGAAGAAGCUAUAAAAAUUGCCAAAAAUAUUAUGUUUGGGAAUUCUAAUACACUAUAUAAACUAAAUUUAACUCCGAAACAGGUUGAUGAUAAAGAGUGCAAAGAUAUUUCGGGUGAACAAAAAAUAAUUCAAUUAAGAAAAAAAGGAGUGAAAUUUGUUCGUGUCGGCUAUUUGGAUUGUUCUAAUCAAUAUAGAAUCCAUAUUAUUCCUAUUGAUCGUUUCCAAAAUUAUAUCGUUAAAAGUGGUCUAUCAUCUUUACGAGCUCUUACCGCUUUUCCUUAUUAUUGUGAUUUGGUUCCAAAAAAUGUUGGUUUCAAUGUGUCAGGAGAAUUAGUGCUGAAACCUGACCUUAGUACACUCGUUCACUUACCUUAUUACCCUAAACAUGCGAAUGUUCAAACUUUCUUUGGAAAUAAAUUUACUCCAGUAGACUCUCAAUAUGUAAAAGAUAAUAAUUCACCUGACACUUCGAUUGUUCCUCAUUGUCCUAGAUCUUGCCUUAAAAAAAUUAUGGAUUCAGCUCUGAAAGACCUUGGUAUAACUUUCUUAUUUGGGUCUGAAUUAGAAUUCGUCUUACUAAAAAACAUUACCCCACCGGAGCCUGUUGAUGAUACUGUUUAUGCUGCGGCUAGUUCUUUUCGUGGUUCUUCUUCUGAAAUAUUGGACAAGAUGGUUGAAUCAUUACAAGAGCAAGGGAUUGAAGUCGAACAAUUUCAUUCUGAAGCUGCAACAGGUCAAUUUGAAAUCGUCAUUGGACCUCAAAGUCCAUUGAUUGCAGCUGACAGAGUUGUUUUAACACCGGGAACUGGUGCACACGUGCAUCUAUCUUUUAAAGAAGGCGAUAAAUCUACAAAAGUCGUUGACGACCACCCUUCAGGAUUAUCACCAUAUGAAAGAUCAUUUAUUGCUGGUGUGCUACAUCACUUAAAGGCAAUUUGUGCUUUUGCUUUACCAACAGAUCAUUCAUAUACGCGUACUGUUGAUAAUUGUUGGGCCGGAUCUUGGAUUUGUUGGAGUGUUGAAAAUCGUGAAGCACCAAUAAGAGUAUGUUAUAGACCAAAGACUGGUCCAAAUGGAAGAUAUCUUGAUGUUCAUUUCGAACAUAAAUUUGUAGAUGGUACUUCCAAUCCAUAUCUGGUCUUCUCUGCCCUUAUUGCUUCAGGAGUUGAUGGAAUUAAAAAGGGAAUGCAGCUUACUACUAAUCCAAUGCUUGAGAAUCCUGCUGCUUUAAGCGAUAAAGAACGUAAUAAAGCAGGUGUUACUGAAAGAAUGCCUGGAAGCUUACGAGAUACAUUAACAGCGUUGAAGGAAGAUAAAGUACUUGUUGAUGCUUUAGGUGAACAAAUGGUGCAAUGUUAUAUUGGAGUAAAAGAGGAUGAACAUAAAUAUUGUAAAUCUUUGAGUCAUGAAGAUCAGCUUAAA